UCCUCUGGUUCUGUGAUCAUCAUUUCAUUUGUGUUCAUUUUCCCUUGCUGUGUGCUUCACGUUUUUAGCAGAUAUUCCUAGAAGAACAGUAUAUUACAGGGCUUUUUCAUAUUUUAUUUGUCAUCAUGUCUCUUAGUUUACGGAAAGAUGCUGAGGAAUUGGCUCGGCUGUCUCAAUUAACAAACAGUGAAAAUGUACGAAGGAUUCUCACCGUUGAAGGUGAUAAAUUAAUGAAGCUCGCCGAAGCGGAAGAAAAGGCAGCAUCUAAUAAAAGUCCUGAACAACGCAGUUCUGUUCCUUUAAAACCAUCAUCGUAUACUGCGAAAAUGACUAAUUACGCUUGGGACCAGUCGGAUAAAUAUUUGAAGAUCUACCUGACUAUACCAGCUGUACAUACAUUUCCAACAGAGAAUGUAACGUCAAGUUUUUCUACUAGAUCAGUCGAGUUGCAAGCUCUUGCUCCUGAAGGCAAAAACAAUGUCUUUCAAAUUAAGAAUUUAUUGAAUGAUAUACUUCCCAGUGAGAGUUAUUCGAAAGUUAAGACAGAUAUGGUUGUUCUGUAUUUGAGAAAAGUAACUGCCCAGCACUGGGGUUAUGUAACUGAAUCUGAAAAGAAGGCCAAAGAACCUAAGUCACCAAAAGUGGACAAAGAUGAAGAUCCAAGCCAAAGCCUUAUGACUUUAAUGAAACAGAUGUAUGAAGACGGUGAUGAUGAAAUGAAGCGAACUAUAGCAAAAGCUUGGACUGAAGCCAGAGAUAAACAAACAGAUGAUAUACCAAUGUGAAAAUAUGGAACCCGCCAUUCCACCGAAGCUCAGACCUGGCUGAAUCAUGAGCUGUGAUUUGGCCUGAAACAACUUAUGUUGCGAAUUUCAUUUUACUAUUAUUACUCUUAAAUUCAAAAUUGUACUGAUAAAUAAUAAUAGAAAUUUAUGUUUAAUUUUGAAAUUUAUGUGGAUUGAGCCCUUGAAACGAGAAUUCAAUCAACAAUAUCAAUGAAACGCUUAUUAGCGAUGUAUUCUAUUGAAAGUUAAAUUACAUCAUAUUUAAUUUGUAAUUUUAUUUAAAAACUUAAGGUUCAACCCAGGAGAACUCGCCAACAGGUCCUGAGUUACCACAGUCACUUGAAAUCUUCUAUUUGCGAUGGUGCAAUUCAACUGAUUUGAGUCCGAACAUGAGUAGCUUACUUUCUAAAUGUUUUCUUUCUAAAGCACCUGUUAAUAGUUUUCAUUUGUUGAAAAACCACAUUCAUUCUCUAAAAGAAAAAAUGCAAUUUCAGGCCAAAUUUAACUGCGGCUAAAUCCAAAAAACCCAAAACUCUUGAGUUAAAUGUAAAAUAUUUACCAUCAAGGUUAAUUCUGAUUAUGUCUGACAAAUGCAUGUGAAAUUUAAUGUGUAUGCAUUCUUUUUAGGGUUUUCUUAUUUUGAGGAACACUAUGUAUUUCUUGAAAAAUGUUCUGGAAUUAAUUUUAAAGUCUCCUAAAUGAUUUUGUAUUUGUAAAAAUAUAUUUUUUACAAAUUGAAAAUUCUAACAAAAGUUCAUUGUCAAGUAUAAAUAUCAUUAAUCAAACAAAUAGAUGGGGUCAUACAGGCACCCCCAAGUGACCUUUUGUGUGCUAAGUAGCAGGAGAGUUCUCUCCUGUUAAAAUGAAGCUAUAUAAAGGAACUUAUAACUAUGGUGAUGUUCUUUAUGUAUACGAAGAUGAAUAUGUGACUAAUGGACAUCUUUAAGUAAUUUGUUCUAAAAUUAUAUUUUAUUUAAUAGUAAUGCAUUUCAGUUUUUAAAUAGAUGCAUUAAUCUGUCAACAUAUUUCAAAUUGUGACAAUGUUAAAUCCUUCUCUAAAAAUAAAUACUAUAUGAUAGACUGUGGGCUUGUUGACAUAGACCUUUGAUUUCAAAAAAUUCCUUAAAAGGAAUUUUUAAGUGCCUAUUUUGAUCAUCAAAACGAGAGAGUACACGACUAGCAAAUGUCUCAUGCAGUAAUUUAACUGUUUCACUCAGGGAUGUGCCAGCUGCGCCAAUCUCCGAUCCUGCGCCAAACUGCUACAGAAGACCGCUAAAUGAACUUUUCUGCGCCAAAAUCAGACAAACCUGUGCCAAAAGUACGAUUUUGCAUGUAAUGUAGCAGUUUCUUGAGCAUAUUGGCCAGAAUUUGCAGAUUAUCAUCCAAGCUUAUGCACUUAGAGCUUGCUUUUACAAUUUUUUAACUUAGUUCCGAUUUUUUGCGCAUUUUAAAAUGCGAUUGUACUUACUUUUGAAAAACUUGAUCGUUUUAAUUUAUUAUGUGAUUCUGUUCCUUUGAAUUGAAAAAUUUUGUGUUGACCAUUAUUUUCAACCAUUUUUAUCUUUUGUUUUUAGAAGAAGAGGACUUGUAAUUUGUCUUCUUGCCACACCCACUCGAAAUUGUCAAUCUAGUUGCAUCCAAAUUAAUUUAAGCUAAUACCAUCUGUAAAAAUUAAUAUUGUUCUCCAGUUUUUAAUUUUGGGUUUCUUAAGAUUUUAGGACAGAAAAUUGAUCUCUAAUUUUGGUUGGAGACACAUAAGAUAGCAAAAAUCUGUACUAAUUGUAAUGCUCCGGUAAUGAAUAUGCAGACAUUUUAAGUUCUCAGAUUCAGGCAUUUUUUUCUGUAUUCUUAGCCUGUCUUAUUUAUUUAUUUAUUCUACAUGUAUUUUAAAAUUCUUUUUCUUAUGACAUUUCUCAAAACCAUUUUUGUUUCAAUUUAAUUUCAUAAUUUUGUAAGUAAAUAUCAAACGGUUAAAAAUAAAAGGUUUUAAUGUU